ACGUGUGCAAGAUGGCUUCCACCGGCAAAAUGAUGCUGCAAAUUUGUCUUGCUUUUGCUGCUGUUUUUUCCGUGCAAUUGACACUUGCCGACGAUCAGACAUGUCAUUCUUAUGGCGGGGGUUUCGUGUAUCCUGGAGAAGUGAGGAGCUCGGGUGGUCAUCAACUACAAUGGACAAAAGCGCAGAUUUCGAAGCCAGCACCUGCUUUUGCUGGAACUGCUGUCGUUGACGGAAAGUUCAAAGACUUAUCACUCUCAGACUACAAAGGAAAAUAUUUGGUAUUUUUCUUCUAUCCUCUUGAUUUUACAUUUGUUUGUCCAACUGAGAUCAUUGCCUUCAGUGACCGUGUUGAUGAGUUCCGGGCCAUUGGUGCUGAAGUUGUUGCUGCGUCUGUCGAUUCUCAGUUCACUCAUUUGGCAUGGAUCAAUACCCCAAGAAAACAAGGAGGUCUCGGUCAAAUGAAAAUCCCCCUCCUGUCUGAUCUUAGUCAUAAAAUAGCCAAGGACUAUGGUGUUUAUCUUGAAGAGGCUGGCCACACACUGAGAGGGCUUUUCAUCAUUGAUGAUAAGGGUGUCCUGCGUCAAAUCACAAUGAAUGAUUUACCUGUUGGUCGUUCCGUCGAUGAAACCCUCCGUCUCGUGCAAGCAUUCCAGUAUACUGAUCAACAUGGUGAAGUGUGUCCUGUUGGUUGGAAGCCAGGCAGUGAUACGAUCAUCCCUAACCCUGAUGACAAGAUUAAGUACUUCACAAAAGUCAACAAGGAACUUUAAACCACACCCUUUUCUGUCAUAUCAUGUCUUCUCCAGUUUGUUGUUAAUUGCACGAUAAAUGAAAAUUCUGCAGCCUGGUUCACAAGUCUGUUUCCUCAGCUAUCUAAACACCAAUAUUAUAAUUAAUUUGCUAAAAGUUUAUAUGAAAUGUUGCCGCCUGUGUUCACAAUGUCAAGAGCCAGUGCUUUGAAUCAGAUGGACAUUGAUUGUCGGAGGUCCUCUGUCAAAGGUAGGGUUCCACUGAGUAAAUAACAGGUAACAGUUAUACUCUGAAAAAACGUUAAACUUCCUUUUUCUGUUUAACCAAUUUAACUUGGUGCCAUAUCAGAUUGCUCAAUUUUUAGGUAUUUGUUUUUAUAUAGGAUGAUUUUUCCUGAAACCAGGCUUCAGAAUCUUCUGUCUUGCUGUUCAAGCUUCAGAUUUUGUUUUCCUGUCUUUAUUUCUAGAUAAGAUCUGGAGCCUUUGUUUUGGAUUUUGGCUUGGAAACUAACCAUGCUAUCCCUGUUAGGUGUUUUAAGCAGCUCAAUGUAGCAAUAAAUAGAUAUCAUACAAGUCAGCUCCAAUACACUGAUUGUACCUAUAAUUUGUGAACUUUGCAAUAUAAGGCUACAAAUUCAGAUGAUCUUUAAUUUGAGCUGCUUGCAACGGCCUACCUCUAUCGCAUAUUUUCUUCAUCUCUCAGUGAGCACUGUUGCAAGCAUACAACUUUUAGAAUCUCAAUGCUUAUUUUUCCAGAUUAUUCCAACUCCUGCUGACAAAUUGAAAUAUUUCAAGAAACAUGAAGAAUAAGAAGAAAUUCCAAAAGUCCUUCUGUGUUUGUUCCAUUUUGCCAAAUUAUUGUGGUUAGCUUGGGGUUAACAUUUGCAUGUUAAACUGCCUUGCCUAUUGGUGAAGGUGAAAUUAUUUUUAAGAAAUCUAUGAUCAGGAAUAACCCGAGAAUUUUUGUUUGUUGGAUUUGAUGAGUAUUGAAAAACCCACCCUUAGAUUGUACUGGAAAGUAUUAUGGUCUCAUACCAAAUGUUGCUUCAGUAUUCACUUACAAUCAGCUGAUAAGUGUCUCAAACAUCGAAAUAGUUAUUACAGUGUCUAGUCAAUUUCAUUUUGUGAUACAACAAGUUUUAAGAUGACUCCUAUUGCCACAGAGGCUUGUAGUUGCAUGUAAAAGCCUUCUGAAUAUCUAGGCAUAUGGCUGCUAAGACUAUUUUGAAUAUGUUCUCUUGCUCUACUCUACGAACACUGGUCAAAUUCUGAUUCUUGUCCUUUUUUGAAGUGCCGCAUGUAGACAUGAACAGAACUGUUAAGCAACUGCGGUUUUUUUCUAAAAUUGCUUUAUCCCUAUUUAUUUAUAUUUCGAUGUUUUGGCGUAAUUGUUUAAAUUGUGUCUGUUAGUUCAGUGGCAAAUGGUAGAAGACUUGGCUUACAUGUAACUAAUGUGCUCAGCAUCACUAGAUGUCACUAGGUGCUUGUUUCUGCUUUGAAAUAACCUGCUCUGAUUGGGUGGCUUUGUAUCCUGUAAACCCCUUUAUGUUCAAGCCCUGUGUGUUUGCAAAAACAUUCUAUUCAGAUUUUGCUGCCAUUUAUUGAUGCGAAUGGAUGCCUUUUCCAAUGGUAAAACUAUCAAGUUGAACACAGUCAUGCUCCUAAAGUUCACGAUUGUACCCCCUCUCAUGAAAAUCGUGAAUAUAUAAAUCUUGUGAAAAUAAAGGAGUUUACAGUGACCUGUGCAGAACUGACAGGAGAAAAGUAAAUGUACUGAUUCAUUAGGAUAUUUCUGAGACUUUAAGUGCAAUGCACAUCAUUCUAUCUUUCUAUUGCAAGUUCUUGGGUGGUAGAGCAUUGAUACUAGUAUUGCUGACUAGUACAUGCACUUAGUAAGUAUAGUUCAAUCAUGCAAUGAGCAAAAUUGCAUGUACCUUUUUACGGUACUUAAUUAUACCUGAAUUAAAGUUGUGAAAACUUCUUAUGUGCGAUAUAUGUGUGAUUGAAUGAGGUAAACAAACACAACGUUUUUGUGUUGACUGUGGUACAGGUUAUCAUCUCUUCUCUGCUUAGAAGUAAUUGCAAGAAAGAUAAAUUGUCCUCUUCUUAUCAUAAAAUUGUUCUAAUAAUCUCGAAAUGCUGUUUGCAAUCAUCCGAAAAGACAAAAAACAUAACUGUCUUCUAGCAAGAUUAAAAAGUUAAUCCGUAGUGCUAUUCAAUGCUAGUUUUGUGGAAUUCAAAAACGCAAAUUAA